AUGUGAUCUUCCAGAAAUGGUAGUGCAGUUGAUUACACUUGCUCUUUACGAAUUCCACACCAACAGAGUCUAUCCAUAGUAUAACUUCAUGGUUUAGACAGAUGUUUGUGAUAUUGUCUUCCGAACAUGGAUCCAAUAUUUCUUCAUUGGCCCAUUUAUCAGUAUAAGGGCCUUUGUUCUGUUUUUCAAGGAGCUCCAACACAUCAACCAAACAUGACUGCACAUUUGGCCCAAUAACUUUGGCUCGUGAUAGGCGCAAAUAUGUUAUAAGAUCAACCGCCUGGUAGUCUUUGAUUAAGCAAAGAGUUUCCGAUACCCAAUCCAUAGUCCAAGAAAACUCACUUGAUAGACGUCCCGCCACACCAGCAGCAGGAAGUUUUGUCACUGAACCUGUGUCAAUUCAGGAAAUCGUGGCCGCAACAAGCACACUAAAGCCGAGUAAGGCACUAGGACCAGAUGCCAUCCCCAACCGGACCCUCAAGCUGGCAAUGGCGUUGCGCCCAGACUCAUUUUUGGAGGCAUACAAUAAAUGCCUAUAUGAAGGAGUUUUCCCCACGAUCUGGAAACGGCAAAAACUGGUUCUGAUCCCGCAACCAGGGAAACCCACAGGAACGGCCUCAUCUUACAGGCCCAUCUGCCUGGUGGAUACUAUGGGCAAAGUUCUAGAGGAUCUUAUAUGUACCCGGCCUCACAGAGCCAUAAAUGCCGGAGGGGACCUAUCGUCCAAUCAAUUUGGAUUUCGCAAAGCCAAAUCGACGGUCGACGCCAUUGGUUGCCAAGGUUGUCAGUAUACCCGCGGCAGCCAUAGAAGGCACUCGAUGGAAGCACGGGACGAAGGAGUACUGUCUGAUUGUCACGCUAGAUGUUAGAAAUGCUUUCAAUACUGCAGACUGGGGAUGUAUUUUGGACGCAUUAUACAACUUUGGAGUCCCAGAGUAUCUACGCGCAAUUAUCUGGAGCUACUUCGAGGACAGGCAACUGUGCUUCAGUACAACGAACAUACUCGGUUUCUGCAGGGGUACCCCAAGGCUCCGUUCUGGGGCCGCUGUUGUGGAACAUUAUGUAUGACGGGAUCCUUCGCUUAAACCUGCCGGCUGGCUGGGAAAUUGUUGGAUAUGCUGACGAUGUCGCUCUGGUCAUAGUGCUACGGAGGAGAAGAGUGAUCCCAAGAAGAAGAAACCAACCAUAUCAUGUCUUCAAGGAUCUCAAAAAAUUGGAACAUUGACUGUAAUUGCUGAGGUUAAAAUUGAUAGUGACCCCUCAGAAAAUAAUCCGGAUGUCGAUUAUAGUAGCGAUUCAUUAGAAGGUGCAGAUACGUGUCCAGAAAGCCAAAAAGUGUUUCCUAAAUGAAAGCGAUGAGAGUUUAGAGAAUGCUUCGGAGUCGUUACAUGAUGCUUGCGGUAUGGUUAAAUGUGAUAUGAAGCCCAGAGCUCCAUCACCUGAAAUGGAUGUUGAAAUGACAAUGCCCCAGGAAAAAGGAACGGCACCUUUCCUAAGAAUUUUCCCCGAGAACAGGCAAUAUAUUAUCGUGGUUUCAUCCGACUGCAACGACAGAGUUUAUUGCAAUUUGCUGAAAGAUUUUUUUCCACUGCAGACCGGCGAUGCAAUUUCUUUGCCCUUUACCAUGGAAUAUCGGCAUACCGUUGGAUCAUUGUCGUUAAUACCCGCCAUAUCCACCACGAGGUCGACAUCUGCGACAUUGCCGUCUGUUGUCAACAUGUCACAUUGUCUACUAGAAAUAUUUGGUCUCCAUGAUGGCCCCAAAGAACAAAUGUAUCGGGCCGCCCAAUCCAUGGUGUCGAAGUUGCCAAAGAAAUCCUCCAGCAGAGUACAAAAGUUCUUGGCACAUUCCACGGACGAAACGACCAAAACAAGGACUAUUUCCGGGCCGCAGUCCAUUUUCCUCAAUCAGUUCUAUUUCAAUUUCGUAUUCCUAUUUCACGGGCGCGAUCUGGAUUUAAUGUCGCAGCCUCCUAUACCACAUGCUUCCACCAUACCUCCUUCAGACGAGGUGCUUUGCAAGCUCUCCUCACUGGAUUCGAAAACCUGUCUAAAACUUGGUUCCACAAAAACUCGCCGCUUGAUCCAGAGGAGAGCUCAAUGACAGAAGACUGCUUACCUUCGGUCGACUGAGUUCAGCACCUUUAUGAACAACUGAAAAAGGACAUUCUUCUUGGAACUAUCUGCUUCAAGACGAUGUUGCAACCCCAAUUGAUCAAUCAAAUCUAUUGCAGUUAAAAAUAUAAAAAUUAAAUACA